AUGCCCCGUGUCUUUGAGCAACGGCUGAAGGAGAUGGAAGAGCGGCAAGCUGAUCGAUUAAAUUCUAAUGCAAUCCAAGAAGGAAAAUCACGAACAAAUAUCCAAAAGGGUCUCAGCUGGAAUGUCAUUCAGCGUCUCGAAAACCUUGAUGCCAUCAAGAAGCACAACGAAGAGAAUGGCCACGAGCACAGUCAAUUGCAGAACAUAAAGGCCAUUACGAAGGAGUACAAAUCCGGUAGAUUGGACCUGACAGGUCUUGUCACGGUGAUUCCCAGGGAUUCUGGGUUGAGGGUGUAA